UUCCAGUGUGCCCCAGGACCCAAGCAUAAUCCUGAACUCCUCGGCGGCGCCUACGUUCACGGCGCCUCUCUUGCCUGACACAAUGAAGAAGGAUGAGGAUGAAAUCCGCGUCUCGAUACAUGGAAUGAAGGAGUUGACUGACAUCGACGACGAACCUCACGGACAUGGGCCGCGGUAUUCGAUCACGGUCACGCCGGCAGAAAUGGCGUCCAUGAAGCGACCACCGCCGCAUUCAGCUGUCCAAAUGAUGCACAAGCUUCCCCCUCAUCUCUUGGGGUUUUCCUUUACCCGCAAUUCGUUCUUCGCGCGUCGACUCUUUGUGAAUGGCUUCUGCAUCAUUGCCGUUGACGUGGCUGCACUUGCCUUGCUCUUGCUCUUCCGAGAGAGUGACGUCGAGGCCGACCCCCUGUGGCAUGUAGACCAUGCGUUUCAGUGCAAUGAGUGGGUGGCCUUUGGUUUCCUCGCAUACUGGUGUGGCAUCGCGGUGUUGUUUCUCACCCUACCUGCCACCGGCAUCCGAGCGUUCGAGUUGUUCACGCGCAAAAAGCCGUCGGACCUCACGGACAAAAAAUUUAAAGUCACGCGGACAUGGUACCUCCAGUUUUGCGAAGUCUUGGCAGUUCUCUUGGUGGUAUACAUCAUGCUCCUUUUCAUGGGACUUAUCCUCUACGCCAUCAAUAACCCCUUCAAAUGCCGCCAAGUCCUAGACAUAGCAUAUUUUGUCGUGUCCAUUUUGGUGUUGCUCAGCCUCUUUGCGUUCCUCUCGCAUUUUACCCGGUUUCGUGAACAUAUCAAGAUGCAACUGGGUGCGUUUCGAGAGUCCAACCAAACGGGAGACAUUCGCGCGCAUUUGAGCGCGACGCACAACCAAGAAUCCGCCGACUACAUUCGAAAGCAGCUGUACAAGGCAGUCGAACAUAGCAACUUGGACGACCUGGAUGCGCUACUGCAACAAGCCCAGUCGUCGCUCGGCCCUGGCUUUGCGUCUCAAAUGUACCCGUCGGCCAAGUUGACGCUCAAGUACUUUUCGGUGUCCAAGAAGAACCCUGUGCACGUCGCUGCGUCCAACGGCAACAUCCCCGCGCUGCGUUUGCUGUUUGCCGCCGGUUUUGAUGUGAAUGCCCUUGACAAAGUGUCCCGCGUGCGCUUCAGCACUUCCGACCUGUUUUGGUUUGUCAUGCGGUACAUCGUGGCGCAACCCGUGAGUGCUGUCGACCAACACAAACACAAACGAUUGACGCUGCUGACACCACUCCACUGCGCCGUCGCGACGUCCCACAUCGAUACGGUCCGGUAUUUGGUCGAAGAAAUGCACGCAAAGGUCGACAUGUUGGCCGUGUCGCCCCACGCCGCCGAGCGCCUUCCCCCCCUGUUUCACGCCGAGCAUCCCAAGAUCGUCGACAUUUUGCUGUCGGCAGGCGCCAACUUGCUCAUGAUUCCCGGGGCAGGGACGGAGAAUUGCAUCUCGGCGCUCGAAGUCGCCUAUUUGCGCGAAAACUACGCCGUGUGUGCCGCGCUGGAGGACUGGGGCGGCGACGUCGCCUUGACCCCUAUCCAUCGAUACGCUGCGCUCGGCAACGUCACCAAGGUGCAAAAAUAUCUCAAGAUGAAAGUUGACCCGAAUUGUUUGGGCGAACACGGCUACAUUGGCGUGAACAUUCGCACCCCCAUGCACUGGGCUGCGAUCAAUGGCCAAGCGUCCACCGUGCUGGCGCUGAUCAAUGGCGGCGCUGACCCAAAUUUUCAAGACGCCCGAGGCCGCAGUCCACUGCACUGGGCUGUCCGAAACAACAAGACGAGCGUCGUCCAAGUGCUGCUGGAGAACGGAGCCGACCCCAACCUCCAGGACGCGAAGGGCUUGACUCCUCUCAUUUGCGCUGCGUUUGCCGAGCAUGUGCAUUCGGAUCUGUUGCGGGUGCUUGUCGAGUACGGUGGCGACAUCAACUUUAGGUUGAAGUCGAGCGGUGAUACAGCGCUGCACAUUGCCAUCAAGCACGAGAAACAAGACACGGCCACCGCCUUGGUGGGCUGUGGCGCCAACAUCAUGGCAACCAACCACGGCGGCCUCCGCGCCAUUGACAUUGCAACUUCCACGGCGCUUCAGUUCGCCAUCAAAAGCGCAGCAGGCCACCGCGACGUCAUGAUCAGCUACACCCAUUCCCACGCCGAAUUUGCGCAGAAACUUCGUCGUAGCCUCGAAGCUGUAAACAUUACAGCAUGGCUGGACACGAUGGACCCAUCCGGGAUCGGCGGAGGCUCGGUCUGGCGGGAAGAGAUCGCCAAGGGCAUCUCGAAUGCGACGCUGCUCGUCGCAAUCAUCACGGAAGAUUACACGCGAUCCGAGUGGUGCUUGAAGGAACUCGCGACGGCAAAGCAAGUGGGCACUCCUGUGCUUCCAAUUUCGACCGAGCACGUUCGACUAAACGAAGAACUGCAAGUAUACUUGUACACGCGGCAGAUCGUUCCAUUCGAGCCGGCCAUCACCCACAUCGACAACGCGAAUCCACGGAACAUUACGUACACCUACAACGACACCAAGUACCAUGUGCAGUUUCGAUUGCUCUUGGACGGCAUCCGCGAUGAAAUUGAGAAGAAGCGGAAAAGAGCGUCGAUGAUGCGGUCGCAAAUGACGCUGGGAUCGCCGACCGGCUCCAACAACUCGAGCUUCUUCCUGAGCCCACACGCCAGUCCCAAUCACGGCAUGCUCGAUCGCAAGUUUGUCUUUUUGGCCCACGGCGACUGCCACCGAUCGUUUGCCCGAAGAUUGUACAACCAACUUACCAAACACAAGCAGCUCGAGUGCUACAUGGACCUAAAGACAAACCAAGAGAUAAGCAUGCGCGUCCACGCGGCAAAGGACGCCAUUCUUCGAUGCUCUGCCGUUAUUGUGAUCUUGUCGGCCAAGUCGGUCAAGUCGGAGCUGUUGAAUGACCAGCUAGCGUUUGCUGAAGACAAAGGCAAGCCCAUCUUCCCCGUCAUCUUGCACUCCGACUUCGCGCUACCUCCAAACCAAAUGUAUUCACUGUCUCGCUCGACGAUGCAUCACUUUGCUGCGGACCUCGGGUUUGAGUCGUCGUGCGACCACCUGCUACACACCCUCAAGAGCCGUGUGGGGCUGAAUGCAAUUGAAGAGGCCGACGAAGACCUGGGUGCAUCUUCACCACUGCUCGUCGGUGGUGUGGUAUAGCACGAUGGUUGGUUCAUGUAAAAUCGCCAAUUUUUCGAUUCAGAGUCCAUGGUGUGGUUGAAAAGACGAACGCACGCUGUGGGCGGAGAUCGUUUGAUGAACGAGGACAGUUCUAUGCAGACAUGUAUCAUCAUGCAUGCCUUUGCGCUCUGUCACGAAGUAAACUAAGUUCUUGGUGCACGACCAUUUUGCAGACAUCUCAGACGACGAAAUCUUUUCGACUUGAUUUGUGUUGCUGGGGACUUGCGCCUCGGAAACCUCGUCUGUUUGCACGUGUACA